AUGGGCGAAGCCGAUAACUAUUACAACGGGGGCCAGCAGCAGUAUAACGGCGGUUAUCAACAGCAGUAUCAGCCCCAACCUCCUCCCGCCGCUUUCCAGCAACAGCAGUAUCAACAGCAACCAUACCCGCAGCAGCCAUACCAACAACAGCCGUAUCAGCACGAUCCUUCCCAGAAUGGCGGUGGGUAUAUGCCCGCCCAAGGCUACAAUGACAAUGGCAAUGAGAAGGGUUCUUUCGACCAGCAGUUCAAGAUCGCAAAACCAAAGUACAAUGAUCUCUGGGCUGGCAUCCUCCUGAUCCUUGUGUUUGCUGGCUUUGUCGUCGUCUCUGGUCUCGCCCUUCAGGGUUACUCUGCGAACAAGGGCAAUGCCGGUGAUGGAAUUUACAACAACCCCAAUGACUUUUCGCUCAACACGAGUACCGUUAUUCUGUUCAUGUUUGUUCUCGCGGUCGCUUUCGUCCUCUCGUAUGCGUACGUUUGGAUGGCCCGACUCUUCCCCAAGCAAUUCAUCUGGGUCACCGGUAUCCUCAACGUAUGCUGGGCCAUUGGCACCGCCAUCUUCUACCUCUGGCGCAAGUAUUGGUCCGCUGGAAUCGUCUUCCUUAUCUUUGGCUUGUUUAUGGCAUUCUGCUUCUGGACAUGGAUCUCACGAAUUCCCUUCUCGGCUCUCAUGCUAAAGACAGCUAUCGAUGUUAGCAAGAACUACGGUCACGUUUACCUCACCAGCUUGAUCGGAGGCAUUAUUGCCACGGCCUUUGCCGCUUGGUACUCGAUCACUCUUGUCGGAAUCUACAUCAAGUACCAGCCCGCCAACGAUAACCCCUCGUGCGCCGAUGGUGGCUGUAGCCAGGGCAAGGUCAUUGGCCUCAUUGUCUUCAUCACCUUCGCCAUGUACUGGUUCUCCGAGUGGAUCAAGAACACGAUUCACACGACAAUCGCUGGUGUGUACGGAUCUUGGUACUUCAACCCUCACAACUUUCCCAAGGAUGCCACUCGAGCUUCCGCCAAGCGCGCCUUGACAUACAGCUUCGGUUCCAUCGCCUUGGGUAGUUUGUUGGUUGCCAUUGUCCAGUUCCUUCGCCAGAUUUGCAAUGCUGCUCGCAACCAGGAGGCCGCGGAUGGAAGCAUGAUUGGUUACGCUCUGUUCUGCUGCGUCAGCUGCCUGCUCGGUCUUUUGGAAUGGGCUGUCGAGUUCCUUAACCGCUACGCUUUCUGCCACAUUGCUCUCUACGGAAAGGCCUACUUCGCAGCUGCCAAGGAUACAUGGAAGAUGAUCAAGGACCGUGGUAUGGACGCCUUGAUCAAUGACUGUCUCAUCGGACCCGUCCUUUCCUUCGGCGCCCUCUUCAUUGCAUACGCCUGUGCCCUUCUGGCCUACCUCUACCUCUACUUCACCGACCCUGCCUACAACAACAAUGGGCAGUAUACCGCCGUCGUCUUGGCCUUUUCCUUCCUCAUCGGCUUCCAAAUCGCAAACAUCUUCACCACCCCCAUCUCCAGCGGUAUCGAAACCAUCUUUGUCGCUGCUGGCUGGGACCCCGCGGUCAUGUGGCGCGAUCACCCAGAGCUGUACCAAGAGAUGUGCAGAGUGUACCCUAAGGUCCAGCAGGUCAUUCGCGACCGCUAA